AUGAAUAAUGAGGAAGAAAGACCUGGAGUUAGGGGAGAUGAUGAUGCUGAUUCUUGCACCACAUGGCAUUGGCAUCCUGCUGGAAAAGUGUCCCUUUCUUUCUCUUCUGACGGAGCCUAUUUAUAUUCAGGCGGAGUGGAAGGAGUUCUUGUGGUCUGGCAGCUAGACACAGGGAAAAGAAAAUUCUUGCCCAGAAUUGGAUCUCCGCUUCUAUAUUUGACUGAUUCUCCAGAUCCUUCACUUUCUUCUGUAAGAAGAUUUUCAAUAAUCAGAAGUGGAAGGAGUUCUUGUGGUCUGAAAGCAGAUGUUGUCUUCGUCUUGGCAUAG